AUAUAUCUAUGAUGUUUGUAUAUGUUUAAGCUUCUGACACAGAAGCGUUAUUUGAUAUGUAUAUAUCUCUAUUUGUACAACUGUUUACGGAUAACUCUAUGAUUAUAUUAAUUAUUACUAAGGUGGUUAUGUGCUUUGUUGCUGUUUAAGAUAUAUGCAUGAACCACUUCUAAUGAAGCUCUAAAUAGUCUGGUUAGAGCGUCGAAGUUACUAUACAGAUUUGCUACCAUAUUUUUGUUAUUGUAAUGACUGUUGAUGCCAGACAGUCAUUAGAUACAUGUAGCUUUCCUUUCAUCGCAAAUAUCAUUCGAAUAUAUAAUCAAAAAUUUAUUCAUAUGUCUUUCUAAAUUUUUUCUUUUUUCUAGGUCAACAACUCUUGAAAAAUGAGACAGAAGAGUCUGUUAUUCAGUUUAAUGGUGCUAUGCAUGAUUGUAUGUUUAAAGAGAGUCAACAGUAAAAAUAUUUUAUACAUAGCAUGGCCUGUUUACAGUCACAUAAAUCCAAUGAUUUCUAUUGCGAACGAUUCGUCAAAGUAUUGUCAUAAUAACUAUUUUAUACUAAACAAAAAACUCACUAAAACUUUCCAAAACGAACAGAACAUAAAUAUACUUCCAAUGGAUGAGAUCCCAGAAAUUGAAGAAUUUCGCACUAGUUCAGUGAAACAAGUAUCAAGAAAAUUAUACAUGAUGAAAAACGUCCUAACUUUAUUCCCUGUAGUGUGCGAAAGAUUUAUAACGAAUGAAAAAUGGAUUGAAAUUUUGAGAGCAGUGAAUGCUAGUUUAGCUGUUAUUAAUGGACCAUUUCCGACAAAUUGUCUUACAACAAUUGCCUAUCAAUUACCAAUUCCGUUUGUUCUGACAGGAUGUGAGAUAUUUCCUAGUCUUCAUCCUAUUCCAUGGAACCCCAGUGUUUUUCCAAACCACUUACUCUCAUCCUCCGAUAAGAUGACAUAUCCGGAAAAGUUAAUAAGUACUUUGGUUGCUAUUGUAGAUUACAGUAUUCCUCCUAUUGGAGCGCCUAUACACAGCGUCAAAACAUAUGCGAAGGACAAACCUGAUAUUUCAUUCAUAGAUUUGCUAUAUCAGGCAAAAUUUUAUCUUAUUGAAAAAGAUGUACUUCUAGAUUAUCCACUACCACAACUUCCAAAUGUAAGAUACGUUGGUGGUCUGGCUACAAAACGCUCAUUGCCUUUGAAGGGAGAAUUAGUGAAAUUCGUAAAUGCAUCUAAGAAUGGAAUAGUUGUGGUGUCAUUUGGCAGUAAUAUCAAUGAUUUCCCUGCUGUUCAAUUAAAGAAACUACAAAGUGCAUUGAAACAAAUAAAAAAAAAGUUUUUGUUAUUUAGUAUAAAAUAGUUAUUGUGUCCAUACUUCGAUAAAUCGUUUGCUAUAGAAAUCAUUGGAUUCACGUGACUAUUGAAGGGUCAUGCUAGGUAUAAAAUAUUUUUACCAUUAACUAUCAGUAAAAAAAAAUAACAGCGUAUAGCGCCAAUAUACUGACGAAAAAAUUAUUCAUCUUUUUUUUCCUGAAUUUGUGCCUCACAAAAUAAAGAGAAAAAGGUAAACUGUAAUUAUUACUUAAAUAAUAAUAUUGUGGUUAUGUAUUAGAAUUUCAUUUUAAAUCUAUCUUUGUAUCUUUUAUAUGUUUCAGUUAGGAGACUGCAGCCAUGCUGUGGCACUAGAUUGACGAGAAUUAAAUCGAACUUAUGGACCGCAGGACUUACUAUUUUUAAAGUAAGGUACUUAUUCAAUAGGUCACUUUUACCGACCCACUAUAUUAAGUCAAACAAAUGAAAAAUAAAAACGAUAGU